AUGCACGCUGAGAGCCCUUCGCAGUAUGCGCGAACAAAUUUUUCUGUUGGUUCCAAAUGGGUCAAGCAUUUGUCCAAAGAUCGGCUUGGCACGUUCUUGGAUGGGCGUUAUGGAGACGUCAAUUUGGGCGCAGUUCUCUUUACUGAGAGAAUUGAUGAUUCUCGUCACGAGCAACCUUCUUUCGAGGAAGCAGUGAAACAAGAAUUUGUUCCCAUUAAGAAGGGUACUGCUUUUGGUCCAUCUUGUGCGUGUUUCAUUAGGAGCUACUUUACGAACCAUUGGGUCAAAGUUCACCUCAAGAUACCUUCCAGCUGGGUCAAGUACGAACGUGUACAAUUCGAGUUCGAUCCUAGUUGCGAAGCAUUGAUAUUUGACACCUCGGGGACGCCACUCCACGGCAUCACGGGAGGCUAUGGUGGCGAACGGAGGGUUGAGUAUGUCUUGAGUCCAGAGAUUCGAAGGAAGGGGAGCGUAGAUCUUGUCAUUGAGGUUUCCUGCAAUGGCAUGUUCGGGAAUGGAGACAUGGUUGCUUCACCGGACGACAACAGGUGGUUCAAUAUCAACUCUGCCGACUUAGUAGUUCCCAACCAGGAAGCGUGGCGACUCAUGUGGGACUUCAACACGCUUCGCCAACUCUCCGAUAGCCUCCCAGGCAACCAUCCGCUUCAGAACCAAGCCCUCAUCGCUGCCAAUAAGAUUAUCAAUACCUUCAGACACGAUGACUCCACCAGUAUUUCUAGGGCGCGUCAAGUUGCGGAACAAGUUUUUGGUGAAGGGUGGGAGAAAAAAGGCGAUCGAAUCUACAAGGAGGGUCGCGGAGUCGUCCAGGUUUGGGGCAUUGGUCAUUGCCACAUUGACACUGCAUGGCUUUGGCCGUACUCUGUCACGCAGCAGAAAGUGGCACGGUCGUGGGCGACUCAGGUUGAUUUGAUGGAACGAUUCCCGGAGCACCGCUUCUGUGCCUCAAGCGCGCAACAAUGGAAAUGGCUAGAACAGCUAUACCCCAAACUGUUCGACAAGGUGAAGGCAAAAGUAUUAUCCGGCCAGUUUCAUCCCGUUGGUGGAUCAUGGGUGGAGAAUGAUUCAAACAUGCCAUCUGGAGAGGCGCUGACGCGUCAACUCAUCUUUGGCCAGCGAUUCUUUCAGAGCAGGUUUGGCCUGAGGUCGAAGACGGGUUGGUUGCCUGAUAGCUUCGGCUUCACUGGGGCACUCCCGCAGAUCAUUCGCGAAGCAGACAUGCCUUACUUCUUUACACAGAAGAUCAGUUGGAAUAACAUAAAUUCCUUCCCUCACACGACUUUCAACUGGAUAGGCAUUGAUGGCUCUCAAGUUUUGACCCAUAUGACGCCAGUGGGUCAGUCCGCCAGCCCCACAUGGGUAGACGAUGUCAAACGAGCAAUCGAAAACAACAAGAAUCAGGAAUCUAAUGACAAAGCAUUGCUUGUCUUUGGUAAUGGAGAUGGUGGAGGUAAGAGGUUGCGCCGAAUUAGAGCUGCGGCCAACGAAAGUCGGGAGACACUUCUUCCUUUGGUUAGUAUGGGUUCAAGCGUGGAUGAGUUUUAUGCAGCAGUGGAGAAGGAGACUAACGAAGGGAAAAGUCUUCCUAACUGGCACGGCGAAUUAUAUCUUGAGUUUCACCGUGGAACGUGCAUUAUUAAGAAGGGCAAUCGUAAAAGCGAGAUUCUUCUUAGGGAAGUUGAGCUUGUAGCCACGCUAGCAUCUCUACAAAAACAUUCGUACUCCUAUCCGAAAGAUGACAUUGAUGCGUUGUGGGAGAACUUACUUCUGAACCAAUUCCAUGAUGUCCUUCCUGGAUCUGCCAUUGGCAUGGUGUACGAGGAUGCGGAACGCAUCUACGAUGAAAUUGCUCGGAAGGGGAAGAAACUCACCGAAGACGCUAUCCGGGUGCUCAUUCCAUCUUCUAUUUCAUUGCCGCUUGAGGAUGGGGUUCUUUCCGAGCUGGGAAAAGGUCGUAUUUUUGCUGUUAACACUCUUCACUUUUCUCGAAAGGAAGUCGUCACUGUUCCUCUGAUUGGGCCAGCUGUUUUCGUCAAUUCGCUAAAGAAUGAAGCGGUUCAAGUAUCUCGAGGCGGGGAGAAUGGCUAUGUCAUUGUAGAGGUUGAGUCAGGUAGUAUGGCACCUAUCAGCCUGUCCCUCGAUACGCACACGAGCCGCGCUCAAGCUUUUGAAACGCCGUCGGGCGAUUUUGUCCUUAAGAACGCUAAUAUCGAGCUCAAGAUUUCUAAGGGAAGGAUUACCAGUUUGUACGACGUUGUGAUUGGGCGAGAGCUCAUCCCUGAAGGAAGGGAUGGUGGGUUGAUCAUCUUUGAGGAUAAACCCUUAUUCUGGGAUGCUUGGGAUGUUGAAUGGUACCAUUUGCAGACCGGUCGGCCGCUACAAUUCGAAUCCCCCAGGAUCGUGGAGACCGGGCCCGCUUACGCUUCAAUCGAGUCCAUCAUUAAGUACGACAAGAGUACGAUCAAAGUCAUCAUCUCGAUCACUGCUCUUCCAGCGACGGAGAUAGCUGGCUCACGUUCCAACAUUCGGUUCGACGCCGAGGUGGACUGGCGCCAACGCCAUGAAUUCCUUAAGUUUGAGAUCCCCUUGGACAUUCACCAUCCCACAGCAACCUUUGACACUGCCUUUGGUAACUUGACCCGCCCUACGCACCGCAACACUUCCUUGGAUAUCGCCAAGUUUGAGGUUUGUGGACACAAGUACGCUGACCUCUCCGAGUAUGGUUAUGGCCUCGCCAUACUUUCCGAAUCUAAGUAUGGUUUUGCCGCUGAAGGCGACAUCCUCCGCAUCUCUCUUCUUCGCUCUGCCACCGCACCUGAUCCCAUUCAAGACCAAGGCUACAACUCCUUCGCAUGGGCCCUUCUACCCCAUGCCAACCACUUCUACGACUCGGAUGUGCCACUCGCUGCACAUCUAUUUAACUCGCCCGUCCACCUCCGACAUGUUCCAGACGUCGUUGGUGUGCCCGCUGGUAUUCAGAUGGGAUUGACCCAUCACGGACUAAUUACCGUUGAGGGCGCGAGGAAUGUAAUUCUCGAGACCAUCAAGAGGGGUGACGAUGAUGAUUAUUCAGCAAGGUGGCGGAGUAGAGAUCCCACUGUCAUCCUACGCUUGUAUGAGGCAUACGGUGGACAUGCCAAGACGAAAAUACGAAUCGAUUCGAGGAUUGGAGUGAAGAAAGCAGCCCUUACUAAUUUCCUCGAAGAUGUCAAGUCCGAGCUCAAGCUCGAAACUGCACCAUCGCUUGAUCGUCCAGUCGGAUCAGACACUGAAGACACGAUCCUCAGUCUGAAUUUCAGAGGCUUCCAGGUUCAUACGGUGAAGUUGACAGUUGCAGCUCACAUUGCCGUAUCUCAGCUCGAUGGUUGGAUCAACAUCCUCCGCAUCUAA